AUGUCGGACCACAGACGUGUCACGUUUUCGAACUCGACUGCUCCAAGGGAGUCAUCGAGACCCCGUCGGAGCCUCCGCGAAUCGGCUCGAGACUCAGGACUUGGUUCGUCAUCUAGUGAACAGGCUCGCGUAGGAGGGAACCCUGAUCGCAGUUUUACAGCUCAGGAUUACGCCGAACAGUUCUCCAGUCCUGCUGCUCUUCGGGAGGCAUACGGUGUAGCAAGGGAGAAAGCCGAACACUACAAAAUCAAGUACCAAGAAAAGGAUGACGAGUUGGUCAGCGCGCACAAAUCCCUGAAAGAGGUCAAGGCAGCAUGGCAUGCCCAGUGUGACCACGUUAGCGAGCUCGAGGAAGAAAACCAAAGACUUCGAGACAGCCUCAAGCAACUGCUUCAUAGCCAAGCACAGCCAGCGGGGGAGAUGUCUGGAGCAGCCACGCUCGAGUCUUCAGCACGCAUCGGCCGAACAAGCAGCAGACGCGAUAAAGACGGCAAAGACAUGGCGGGUCGCAUGAAAGAGCGACUCAUUAGGGAUCAACCACCAGAAGACUCACGGUCGCCUAAGAGCUCCCAUCACAGGUCCGAGAAAUCCGGACAUGCUUCAUCAUCCAAAUCCAGCAGUCGUAGACUGAGCGUGGCUUCGACUAGCAGGAAACCCUACAUUGAGCCCAUGCCCAGCAGUCCAACUUCUUCGAGACACCCAGGCAACUACACCACGGCUUCCGGCUCGCUAGGCAUGCCUCAGAUGUCUAGGUUCGAAACGGCCAAAUACUCACCGGUGCCGCGCAUGUCAGCAUAUCCACCAAGCUCAACAUCAGCAUCUUACCUGUCGACGGGUGAUACGCCAGGAGACUAUGUUGCAGUUCCUCUAUCUUCGAGUGGAAAACGAAGGAGUUGA